AUGCCAGAAAUCCAGAAGGCUCUUGGUUGGCCUUUGGCAAUUAUUGAGACUGCUGUCCAGGCUCUAGCCGCUUAUGUGGAGCACCAACAUUUGUGGAGUACGGCAACUCAUGACGCACUGGCGGCUGCAUGCAUGUAUGCCACUGCAGUACGAGCGAACGAAAACAUGCCAAGCGGGCAUGCCUAUCUGGCUAGAGCCUUCAAUAUUAGUGGAAAUGAGGUGUGUAAGAAAGUCCCUGCGGCAAUCGCCCUGCUCAUCGAUCUGGAUGCUCGAGCUGUGCUAGCUUCAUUCGUACCACACUUCGAGAAGAUGUUCCCGAGACUUGCUCCGAAGGCUAUGGAUUACAUUGUCUUAGCGUUGAAGCUUUGGACGAAGGUAAACGGCCAUGAUAUCCUUUUGUCCGACUUCUUGCGAAAGUACUGGCGACGUAUAGUCGCAUCCUGUAUUUCUGUAGUCAUGGACCGCAACAUCAUUCCUGUGGACAUCGCUAAGAUAUGCGCUGCCACUCGUGCGAACCGGUUUGGGGAUAUGGGCUACAGCAUCGAUGUUGCGUUCGCACUUUUGAUGCGUGGUAGUGAAGCAUAUUCCAAGGAUGAUAAUUCUGCCACAGCUCGUCGGGCUCGUAAGCUGAAGCAGCGCAAACAGCUUCCGAACUCACAGUCCUCGACCAAGACUCGAUUAGAUAUUACGCUACCUUACAAUCUGACUGCCCAGCUACAGGCGGACUUUGCGUGGCUGGCCAUGAAUAGCGAAGAUCGUCCUAGAGAUCGGAACCCAAAGCGGCGUCGAGGUGUUGCCUACGAGCGAUGA